AUGUUUGGUCCAUGACGCACAAGGAGUCAGUCACUUGAACCAGAAGCAGGCAACAUCAGCUGUCUUCAGGCACAAAAAAAGGAAAAAUAAUCAACCAUUCCUAAUCUGAAGAAGCACAAAAAAUUAUCUACACUUGAUACUUUAAAAAAAAUAUAUAUUGGAUACAGUUAUUUAAUGAAGAAUGGGCUGCGCGAUAUCGGGUCUGGCUGCCAAAGCGGAGUUUGGAGAGAGAAACACGACUACUGCUGCUGCUGUGUGUCCCAGCGGUGAUCAGAUUCAGAUGAUCAAGGAAUCAUGGAAAGUGAUCCGAGACGAUAUAGCUAAAGUUGGAAUUAUAAUGUUCGUCAGGUAAGAGGCUCUAACUUUUAUUUUGUCCUUAAUCUUCAAGAAACCUAAAAUGAAAAAAAGAUUCGUUUAGACUGCACAAUAAGGGUGACAGUGAAUCUAUUGUCAGUGUUGUUGUAUAGAAAUGAUAAACCUGUGUUGAUGAUAUGAUUUGAGAUGAAAUGAUAUAAUGAUGUUUUUGAACUUUACAAUAUCAGUAGCGUAAAAAGUGCGCAAUAUUGUUGAUUUUUCAGCCUAUGUAUUGUCAAAUUGUCUGCAAACAGAGCUCUUGGAUUAAGUCUUAUCUAAAAACUUUAAGAUUGCGAUUGCAGUCAAAUUUAUUUUAAACCAAAUGGCACUUGCAAAACAAGGUCUGCUGAUGGUAGUAGAGAUCCUCUAGUAUCCCUCUAUCUUGCUGUCUGAUCCACAGCUUCCUAUUGAGAGCUUGAAGCAUGCUGCCCCUCCUCCUUCCCCUCUUAUCACUUCAUAUCACAUCUUAACCACAUUACAUAAUAGAGCCAUCCAACACAGCCCCGGGACUGUCAUGGUUGUAUACAAUUAAAGGGCAUCAGCCAUCAGGAAACUACAUUUUAUCAAUUAAUAAUAAGACCAGCAUACAGGAUAAUAUAUAUUACUUCUGGUGGCAAAAUCCAAUAAAUGUGGGCCCUUGGUGACGAGGAGUGGCCACUGGAUGUACAUUUAAGAGGUCAGCAGGCUCAUGGCUGUAAGCCCAACUUAUGCCAUGUGUCCCUUGGGCGACCCUAGCAGUUGAAGAGAUUGACCUUAGCAUGGUAGGCUGGAAGCACACAGGGCCUCUUAUGGGUCAGGGGCACCCAUGGGGCACCAGGCUUGUCAUAGUUUCUAUCUAAUGACUGAAAACUCAUUGUUACAGAGCAUAGGAAAAUCACCAGAUUUUCAUUGUGAACUUGGUUUGAAUAAAACCUUGUUCUUUAAAAAAGGGGCACUCUAUUAAUGAGCGCAAAAAAAAAAAACAGACUGUCUCACUUAAACUAGAGCAACUAAAAUUCACUGAGUGUUUGUUUGUUUGUCCUCAAAACAACACUAAUCAAAAAGUGCACAUGGAACAAUAUAUCCAGCUCUGUAGAUGUUCCCACUUUUACUAAAGCAGUUACGUUUGAAAAAAAAAAAAAGGUCUCUUGCUUUUCUCUCAUCAAUCUUAAACAGGAGGUGUGAACACCAAGGAGACAGUUGUAGACUGUAACUUGUAAAGUUAUUGCCUAAACAUCCAGCCUGUUCUCUAAACCACAACACACAUUCAUUGAACAGAUAAAAUAGCAAAGAUGCAUCAGACUGUUCAGCUAUUUUGUCUCCCCUCUUUUGCACUGCUGGGAGCUGUGACAGCAUCUUGUCUUUUUGUAUAUGUAUGUAAUUACAAUUAUAUAAAGAAAAUGAACCUUGGAUUUCUUUUACUUAACAAACAUCUAGCAUCUCUGUCACGACUCUUUGAAGACUCAUGUUAUUGUUUGCUUUUUCACACUCAUGUCGUGUCAGUCCGGGUAACUUUGGCAUGCCACUGCUUUUCUGGGUGUGCCAGGACAGAUCUCAUAAUUCGAGCUUGUCCCGUCUUCUCCUGGGCGUUUUUUUUUUUUUUUUCUUUUUUGGCAAAGAUACGAGUGCUCUAACUGUUCUGGCCUCUCCUUUGGACUUCUGUGAUGUUGUCUAUCACUAUAUUCAGUCUAUGGGUUACUAAAUAUGAAAAAUGUAAACAUGAAAAUGAAGUAUGAAAAUAUGCCACUCAACAGACGUUGACGCUCAUAUUUCUUUCUGUUAAAUGAGCUUGCCAUGAAUACAUUUCAAUAGAGCUUCCUGCACCUCCAUUCAUUCGUCUUCCAGGGGGGUCUUGUUAUACACAUGUAUGACAUCUGAUGCAUUCAUUCAUGAUUCAUUCAUUCUAUGUUCCAGGUUUAAAACAUACGAGAGAAAAGCUUAUAGGGAGUAUGUAUGUAUGGAGCUAGAAUUGAAUCCAGUUACAAAAUAGCUGUAAAAUCAGUGCAGUUAAUAGCUGCUCUCAGUCAGAGACCUGGUUUCAAGAGUGUAAAUCUACAUAUACAUGUCCUCCAAGUCCACCUCAAAACCUUUGAUAUCUGUCAUCAGCCUCUUUCCCCCUCACUCAGAGAUGUCACACUUAAAAAGGUGGAAAUACAAUCAACCUUGCAUGUCAUAAUGAGCACAAUACCAGUCACAUCCAGAGGAGGUGACUGUACAGUCUGGUAGCGCAGUUAAUAACAGGUAGCUCAGCUGGAGACUGCUGGAUUAGAUGACAGCCUGCUCAAACUCUCUGCUUCAAAAAUGGUGUUGAAUCAGACCUCAGAGAGAGAGAAGUUGUCAGCUAAAUGGUAUCUCAAAAAAGCAGAACGCUUUCCCAAUCCUCACCCUAUUUACUAUAGCUUCCACUAUAUGAUGAUAUUGAUAGCCUGGCCAACGGAUCACAGAUCCACCAUGGUCUGAUUGCAUCUGUAGGAUGUCAAAUCCACAGGAAGGAGCAGAGGUGAUAAGAAGUAGUAAAGUACGAUCUGAAUCAUCAGAUCUCUAUUCAAAGUGUCGGGUGGAGAGAAUGGCUGGAGGAUGAAAGACACACCUUUGAUUGCAAUGUUGAUGAGCUCACACUUGCACAUUUGCUUUCAUCAGUUCAAUGCAAACUGAACUGUUCAGAAAAACCCAUUCCUGCCUUUUCAAUCAAAAUUUUAAAUAAUGUAUCUCCAGGCCAUAGAAGAAGUGAAAUAGCAUCAUGGUGUCAUACAACGGUGAAUGACUUGAUGUUUCACGUAAGUGCAGCAGAUCUAGUAUGGUUUCAUAGCUGACCCAUCAGGAGUGGAGUUGUGUGAGUGUUACUGUUCCUAAACUGAAUUUUCUGCAGUUUUCAGAUGCUCACUAAUGCUUGUGUUUUUGUUGUUGUCCUCAUAACAGAUUGUUUGAGACUCAUCCUGAAUGCAAAGAUGUCUUUUUCCUGUUUCGAGACGUGGAGGACCUGGAGAGGUUACGUACAAGCAGGGAGCUCAGGGCACACGGUUUACGGUAAGAUAGGAAGACUGCACUGCACAACACACCAGCACAUCUGCAUCAUUAGAGGAGAAUAUGCCACCUGCAAAUAAUAAUAAUAAUAACUUUAUUUUUAUAUCACCUUUAAAAACAGAUGUUUACAAAGUGCUUUAACAGAAGAAGCGAACAAAGGCAGAAACAGACAAAGGAAAAUUGACGGUUAAAAAAAAAGCACAGUUAAACAUGGACAGUUAAAGAUUGGCGGUUGGUUGACGGCAUCACAUCAGGAUGGUGAAGAGGAAGAAGAUGGAUAGAGGACAGAUAAAAGAGGAAGAGAAAUAAAUACAUAGAUGAUAAAAUAAGAAAGGGUAAAAUAAGGGUAAUAAUGAAAAGGGAGGGAGUAUAUUAAAAUAUGAGAAAAUGUUAAAAACAGGACUAAAAAUAAUAAUUGUAAUAAUAAUAAUAAUAAUAAUAAUAAUGAUUACCUUAAUCAUUGAUGUUUAAUGAUUACCCCAUUCAAUAGAAAAUACCAUGUUAGGGUUUCUGUCUUUCAACUAAUGCCAUGAGGAAAACACACCUAUCCGAACAAAUAAAUGUGUUUUCCUUUAAGCUCCUCUUUCACUUAGACUUCUGUUAAAACAACAAACGAUAGAGAAAUGCCAGACCUAUACACUUCAGGCUGUAGUGACAGGCAGAGCUCGUAGCAUCUAUCACAGCCUCUCCUUUGCUGUUUCCCAGGGUGCAUUGUUUUGUACUCUUCUUAAUAUGAGGCCAAAGUAACCUGACUACCUGUAGGUGCAGGCAGAGGAUAGUGUGGCAUUGCAGUGGCAGUGCUUAACCCUGCUCCUGUGAGAGCUGUACCUCAGUGAUUAGCCUCGAUGCCCCCUCAGUAAAGUACAGAUCAGAGAGCUAAACCCACUCUGUUCCAUAUUCAUUUUUUUCUUCUCAUGUAUACACACUGCUGUGGUUUCAACACACCUGCAGAACAACAAAGAAAACUGAUCCUGUGGUGGGGUUUCAGCAGGGUCAUGACAUGUUUUCAGGGGGAUUCAGAAUUAUGCGUUGUUUGUGACAUUCAAUUCUUCUUGAGUCCCUCAAAAAAGUCCAGUUGACCUUUCACUGAAGAAUUGGAUAACCAUGACCUGGAUGAAUGAGAAUCUACACAGACAUGUUUGUAAAAUUGUUUACUGUAUUGAAAUUAUGCAGGUGUGUUAUUUGACAGCUCAUCAACUGUUUGAUCACCAGGACGUGGAGUUUCAUCCUAAAUCUGUUUUCCUCUUUCAGGGUGAUGUCCUUCAUUGAGAAAAGCGUGGCGAGACUGGACCAGCUGGACAGACUGGAAGCUCUGGCUCUGGAACUAGGAAAGAGCCAUUACCAUUACAACGCCCCUCCUAAGUACUACAGCGUAAGACCCUCAUGAUCCUAUCAGAGCUGAAUCUUAAAUGAUGCUGUAGUCUGACCGAGACAGCUAAAAUCAAAGCAAGUGGGAUACAUGAAUAUUCACUCAGGCUGUUGAACGUAAUUUCUUUCUUUGCAAAGAGCAAUAAUUACAAUCACAUUAUUACCAACUCGCACAAAUAUAUCAUCGGGUAUCUGGUACAAUUGUUUUCCAGUAUGUGGGGGCAGAAUUUAUCUGUGCUGUGCAGCCCAUCCUGAAGGAGAGGUGGACAGAAGAGCUGGAAGAGGCAUGGAAGGUGAGGCGCGCGUGUGUGUGUAUGUGUGUGUGUGCCAACUUAUAGGUGUCCUUAUUAAAGACCUCUGUGAAGAACCUUUCUGAGUAAAGCUCAAUGUGUGCUGCAGCACUUUGUGUUCAGCUCACAUCAGCAGCAGACUUCUGCACAUGCCAAGAUGGAAACCAGUUUGACUGACGCCUGAUUAAUGUGAAAUGUGCAUGUCACUGUUUCAUACAUGAACAUGGCUCUGAAGAUGAGACAUGGCUCUGUCACAUCAUUUUAUCUCACUUUAAGAGAGAGCUGCUAACACUCACUUUUUUUGUUUUCACUGUGAAAAAUUGACAGCAAUUGUAAGGUUCCUAUUCUGAAUGUUUGUUCUUCAGCUUCAAAUAAUGCUCUCUGCUGCUCUCUAGUGGUGGGAUUUAGAAGUACUUUUUUUCUCCCAUGUUAUGCCAAUGUAAGCCUGAUAAAUGUAUAUUUUGAUUUUAUAAAUAAAAAAAUAUAUAUGCCUACAUGGAUGUACUUAAACAUGUAGUUUGAAUGUUAAAUUUAUCUUAGUUUGACACAGAUCUUUAAUGUUUGACACAGAUCUCGAUGGUUAAUCCCAAUGCAUCAUCUAUAUUUACAUAGUCGACUUUAAAUACUGUUUCAACAGUAGGAACUACAGUCACAGUUAUUGUGUGGGCACAUUGAAUCCAUCAUUUCUUUCACAUGCUGAGAUUUAACUAAUCUAUGGCAAAUAUUUUGCCAAACACAAAGCUGUAGUGACUUGUUACAUCUUUGACAUAUAAUUUAUAAUAGUCCAUUCAUUGUUGGCCUGUUUCUUCCAAUAACCCUUUUAAAGUCACAGUCCUUCCCUAAUCUGUGUUCCAGUGUCUAAUUAGGUUUAAGACUGUUUUCUUUCACGUGGUUUCUCAUGCCCUUAAUUAAGAGGGCACAACCAGGUUAGUGAAACCUUCCAUGUAUUGAACGUUUUGUUUCCUUCCAGACCAUGUUCCAGUAUGUGACGAGUCUCAUGAGGCAGGGAUACCAAGAGGAGAGCAGACGGCAGCACCUCCUCACACUCACCCCAAAGGAGAGACCAGAGAAGAGCAACACUGCACUAUAAGACACUCGACUGAUUUUCCAGCUCUGCACAGAAAUGUUCAUGUAUAUAGUGUAUUUAUAGUGUAUUUUCUGUAUUCUUUUCUACAUUGCUCAUGUUCGCCACAGUCACUGUUUGCUAUUUUGUCACAAUGAACAAAAACCACAAUGACUUUUAACAAACAAAGCACUUUAUUUCCAAACUUAAAUUCCUCUGUGGGACUCAGGAGAAUGACAAGACAUCACAAAGAGUUUACAGAAUAUUCUGGCUGCAUUUAAUCCUGCCCUGUGAUGAAAAUAAAUGGUCUUAUUAGAACUACAGCCAAUGCUCUCUGUUUUCAAAACUCAAACAAGCCUUUCAGUAAAUCCACAACUUUGAACCCUUUUUCUGUGUCAUUUUCCUCACUCAAAAACGUAUCGCAUUCACUUUCAAAAUAUUAAGACUGCUUGUCUGACAGCUCAGUGGACUAAACUUAGAACAUUUUUUCAUUAAAAGGGAAAAAUUACAAUUUAAAGAGAAAAAAAA